CUGACUGUUUUAGGCCUGUGUCCGGACUGGGAGAGCUGGGACCCAGUGAAACCAGUGGAGAAUGCGACUGAGGCCAUGCAGCUGGCCGACAGCUGGCUGGGCAUCCCACAGGUGAUCGCCCCAGAGGAGAUAAUCGACCCCAGCGCGGACGAGCAGUCGGUGAUGACGUACCUGUCCCAGUUCCCCAAAGCCAAGCUGAAGCCCGGGGCCCCGCUCAAGCCCAAACUCAACCCCAAGAAGGCUCGGGCCUACGGACCAGGCUCCGCCUUCAGCUAA